CAAAAUUAAACAUUGAAACAACUGAUAACGCAAGUGCUCCGAAACUUGAUUAGAAUCUAUGAACGCUCAUAUGAAGCCAAAAGCAUCUGUCACGACAUUAGCCGUAACCCGUCGAAAUUGAAUUCCUCGAAGGAGUAAGACAAAAUUUGGAAACUCUUUCCCUGUAGGAUUUCUUCCAAAAAAUUAGAAAAGGUUUGCGCGCUGUUUGGCACACGGGCUAAUUUAACCGAAGGAAGCAGCAAACCGCGAAAUAAACAGGAUCUCCCGGUACCCUCCAUCUUUUAUAUUUCGCGAAUCUCGAGACGGACAGGGGACAACAAUCCUAUCCAGUCCUCCAGGAUCUCCCAGUGGGGAAAUUAGCAUGUAUUGCUCCUAGCUCUCCGGCUCGUAACUUUCCGGAUACGGAUAGGUACUGGAUCGGAUUGGAUUUUCAAAUUGUAACUGUAAUCCUAUCGUUUUCUCGGCAGGCAACCGAUUGAAGGUUUUGAUUCGGAAUCGAUUGAGGGAUUGAGAUCGAGAUUAGCAUUGAGGAAUCAGGUGCGGAAAUCGAAUUCGAAUGGCCGCUGCUGCGGCUUCUAGACGGGUCGCCCAAUUGGGGACCGGGUCCGGGAUCGGAUUAUCCGGUUUCGGAGGGCCCGGUGGUGCUUCGAGAACGGUGUCUCCGUCGGUGGAGUACAGGCAUUUGGAUUGCAGGCUGACUUCUCAGCUAGUCAAAUCAAAUGGAAAGCGGUUGUUUCUCGUCGAUACAUUAGCUCUGGUUAGGAGAUUAGAGGGACAAGGCGUCCCCUCGAAGCACGCGGAGGCGAUAACUGCUGCCAUUACUGAAGUUUUGAAUGACAGCUUGGAAAAUGUGUCUCAUUCAUUUGUUACAAAAGGAGAGAUGCAGAAAACGGAGAUGAUCCAAGAAUCCAACUUGUCCAAAUUCAAAUCCGAAAUUCAAAGUGCGCAGGGACACCAUUUUUCUUUGUUGCAACACGAGACUGAAAAACUUCGGAAUGAUAUAGAGAAGAUGCGCAGUGAAUUGAGGUAUGAAAUCGACAAAGUUACCGCAGGACAGCGGUUGGACUUGAACCUGGAAAGAGGGAGGAUACGAGAAGAGCUAUCUAAUCAGAAUGCUGAAACAAAUAACCUCACUAACAAACUUGAUCGGGAAAUUCAUGCUUUAAGGGCUCAGGUGGAAGCAGCAAAAUACGAUGUCAUAAAAUACUGCAUAGGUACUCUUGUUUCGAUAUCUGCUGUCGGUCUUGCUGUACUCCGUAUCUUGAUGUAAACUUGUUCUAUGGAUAACGACGACAAAUCCCAAUAGGGGAAAACUGGGAAAUGGUCCAUUCUUUUCAAGCUGUUGUAAUUUUAAGAAAUGUGAUGAAGAUGUGAAAGAUAAGGCGUAGUCAUUACAUUGUAAGUGGGAUCCAAGGAACUGAUUGUCCCCUUUUUUUUUUUCCUCCCAGUAUUUGUUGGUAAAGGAUCUGAUGUAUUGACUAGUUUCGUUUGUCAAAUUUCCAUUGAACUUGUACCCUA